UUUCCAUCCCGUCCUUGUUCAUCCAUGAUUCCACCGUCACAGAUUCCAAAUGCUUCUACACGAUUCCACUUCUCCUCAAUUUCCCAAUGCAUUCCGCGAUUCAUCGCUUUCCACUUCACGGCCACCGCCCUUCUCUUCCUCCUCACCCCCGCCGCUGCCCAAAUAUCCUACUCCGACCGCUGCGGCGACGUCCUACCGGAUCAGCCCUUGCUUCCGGGCGAUAAUGCCCCGCUCCUCAACCCUAGGUUCCUCUCUCUCCGCCACGUCCACCUCGAUUGCAAAACAACCGACUGCAGGAGGGCUGAAAUCCCCGCCUCCCUAACCUUCUCCUCCCACAAGGCGUACCGCACCGCCGACGAAGCUGUCUUCAAAAUUGAAGCUGUAUUGAGCCUCAACGACGUCGGCCGCUCCCGCAAUUUCACGCGCCGCGGGCUGCGCCUUGUGCAUUUUCGCCCGCCGCGGAUUCCGUUGCCUCCAGGUAAUUCGUGGAAUUCCGUCACAUUUUCGUUGAAAGGGUUUUGGGAUUCGGUGUCGGGGAAGCUAUGUAUGGUCGGCUCUGGUUUCGGGAAACUCAGGUACAACCAUGUUGUUUUGAAGCUUGAUUACUUGAAUUCCUCCAAUAUUUUCACUAGUUUAGUUAACGGAACUUUGGAGAAUGUGAAUGUGAGCGACACAAGUGGUUUUAACCUCAAGCCGGUGUCGAUAUUGGGUGUGAACUUGAGGAAUUAUAAGUACGAGUUGAUUGAUACACAGAGCCAGAGAAAUGUGUUCUCGCGGUUGGAUGAUUUGGCUAAUGUUUCUUUAGCAGUGAAGGAUUUGGGGCAGAAGGUGUGUGCCUAUGUUGUGUCUGCUGGAUUUGUUGAGCUGGAGUAUGAAAAGGACUGCAAAACUGGGAAUUGCAAUUUUCUUGGGAGAGCAAAUGGUGGUCUUCUGCCGAGUGUUAUGUACUUCAACGAAAUAGAGUGUUUGGGGGAUGGUAGGGUGAGGUUCUUGUUGGGGUUUGGGGAUUCGGGGCAUAAUGGAAAUGGGCUGCCUUUUGAACCAAAUGUGACUUUGGUUACGGAGGGGAGAUGGGAUUGGAAGAGAAAGAGGCUUAACAUGGUUGGUUGCCGUAUUUUUAGUGAUGGGGACGAGGGCUUUGUUGGGGAAUGUUUGAUCAGGGUAAGUUUGAGAUUUCCAGCUCGGUGGACUUUGAGGGAGCGGAGCCCUGUUGUUGGUGAGUUGUGGAGUACUAGGAGUUCCAAUGAGUCUGGUUAUUUUGGCAGGGUUACCUUGUCAAGUAUAAAGAAUAGGCAUAUCAGGGUGGCACAGCUGAGAUAUGAGUAUACAGAGAUUGAGAAGACGAGGGGACGUUGUGCAAAUAAAACAAUGAUGCAGAAAGAGCUGGGGAGGAAGUACCCUAAUGCAUUAUCAUCUGAUAUGAGAUUUGACAUGGUUGCCGGAAAUCGGAGAGUGAAGGAUCUAUGGGGUUACUCUUCUCCACUUUAUGUAGCUAAUACACCCUAUCAGGUAUCUUCCGUGUUUGGGAGAGGAUCCCGUCAAGCAAAGCAAAACAUUAGUGAUGCAAUUACUAACGUCAGCUAUGUACUGACUGUUAUAUCUUCUCACUCUUUCAAGCUCAGCAAUGAACAUAUGCAAAUAAAAUCAUUUGAUAUUUCUGCUGAAGGGACAUAUGACACCGAAAGGGGGCACCUAUGCAUGACUGGAUGCAUGCAUGUCGGGCCUCCUAAAGCAAGAGUAGGGCGAAAUUCAUCGUUGGAUUGUGAGAUUCUGGUCGACAUACAGUAUGCUACGCUUAAUGCAAGAGCUGCAGGUGUUGUGAGGGGAACCAUUGAAAGCACGCGAGAAAAGUCUGACCAACUUUACUUUGAAACGUUUGAAAUAUUUUCACAUUCAGUUUAUGAAGGACAAGCAAAAGAAUCCAUAUGGAGAAUGGAUCUGGAGAUCACAAUGGUUUUGAUUUCCAACACGCUUUCAUGUAUCUUCAUUGGUCUGCAACUAUUGCAUGUUAAGAGGCAUGCUGAUGUCCUGCCCUUUAUUUCUGUGGUAAUGCUUAUUGUGCUCACCUUAGGGCAUUUGAUCCCAUUGCUCUUGAAUUUUGAAGCUCUCUUCACAACGAGCCGCAACAAUAAGAAUGUUUACUUUGGUAGUGAUGGAUGGGUGGAAGUUCACGAAGUGUUGGUGAGGGUAAUAACGAUGAUAGCUUUCCUACUCGAAUUUCGUCUCCUCCAAAUGACCUGGUCUUCUUCAAGAUCUGGUGAUGGAAGCCAAAAAGACCAAUGGAUAUCUGACAAGAAAGUUGUUUAUCUGUGUUUGCCAUUGUAUAUUACUGGUGCUUUAGUUGCUUGGUUCGUCCACCUAUUAAGAAAGUCAGUUUUGAGGAGACAAUCUGUUUGGGGUGACCUCAAAUCAUACGCUGGUUUGAUGUUGGAUGGCUUCCUGCUGCCUCAAAUUCUGUUCAAUGUAUUCUCUGAUUCUAAGGAGAAGGCUCUUGCCCCGUCUUUCUACGUAGGAACUACAUUUGUUCGCUUACUUCCACAUGCAUAUGACCUUUACAGGUCCCGUAGCUCUAAUUGGUCGUUGAGUUACAUCUACGCAAAUCCAAGAAUGGACUACUACUCGACUGCCUGGGAUAUUGUCAUAUCAGUUGGUGGUCUUGUAUUUGCUGUUAUAAUCUACUUGCAGCAGCGCUAUGGCGGCCAAUGCCUUGUACCAAAUCGAUCCACAUAUCAGAAAAUCCCGGUGGUUUCUCCAUAGAUUAUUUGUUUGGGAAGGUAUCAUAUACUGUACAGCUACUGUUAUCAUAUACUUUGUUGGCUGUCGUAGAAUUGGGUGCAGCUCGUAGCUUGCUCUAAACUCGUUCUCAUAUUAAUACACGCUGAACAGGCCUCGUAUUCUUUGAGAUUAUAAAUGUGAUGUUAUGAAUCUCAUUUAAAACGUAAAUCAUCUUUCUCAUAAA